CCUGAGAAGUUACACGGUUCCCCCUAGCAAGAGCUGGGAAACUGCUGAAUGUUCAGGUUUUGAAAUACGGUUUUUGCAUCGUAGAGAAAAAAAAUUAACCUAUCAGGAAGAACCGAGCACAGUCAAUUACCAAUCAAGAGCGGGAAAGGAGCCAAAGCCGUAGAUACCUACGCACCACAGAGGACGUCAUUCUUCAGCCUCUGCCAAUAAGCCGCGGCAAGGGGCGGGGCAACAGGAGGAUCGAUUGCCCAAGAAAACAAACAAUGUGUAGUACAACUGUCUAAACCCCAGCCCUCGGCUCCGGAUGCCCUGGAAUGAGCUCCCGAGCAAGGCGCUCGUGAGGUGCUCCCGGCUUUCUUCGCCCAGGGGAGUCGGGGCCGGUUGUCUCCUUCCCAGCAGAGCAAAGGCCUCCCUCCCAACAGCUCCCACGGGCUUCCAUAAAGCCCGCUGUAACUUCGCGCUAUAGUUUACAGGAACAGCGAGUCGCCGGCUACCUGAGGGGGUGGGGCGGCGGCUGUGCGCAGGCGUUCUUGCCUGGUGGAGGCGUGGCCGAAACGGCCCGAAGAACCCUGGGAACUGUAUUCCUCGCGUCCGAGAAACUGGUGCAGCUCCCGAGGUCUCUUGAACUAAAUUUCCCAGGAUGCCUCGCGACCUCGGGGCGGGCCGUUUGGUUUGUUAAUGAGUUCGAGAAAGCCGCGGCGCGGCCCACCAGGUUCCAAAACAAGGAAAUGAAGGGGGGAGGCGGGACUGUGGGUGCCUGCGGGAGCCUCCGCCGCCACCGCGGAGGAGGAGGAGGCGGAGGAGGUGGCUGCCUCGGCCGCCGAGGAGUCCCUUGCUGAAGGCAGACCGCGGAGCGGCGGGCGGCGCGCGCGCGCCCGAGCGGCGGCUGUUGGAGAAGUGGAGCGGCGGCGGCGGAGGGACUGAGUGGCGGCGGCCCCCGCGUCCCGGUUUCUCUAUGGGGGAAGCAGACAAUGGAUUAUGAUUUCAAGGCGAAGCUGGCGGCGGAGCGGGAGCGGGUGGAGGAUCUGUUUGAGUACGAAGGGUGCAAAGUGGGACGCGGCACCUACGGGCAUGUCUACAAGGCGAGGCGGAAAGAUGGAAAAGAUGAAAAAGAAUAUGCACUGAAGCAGAUCGAAGGCACAGGGAUAUCCAUGUCAGCUUGUAGAGAGAUUGCACUUUUGAGAGAAUUGAAGCACCCCAACGUGAUCGCAUUGCAGAAGGUGUUCCUUUCUCACAGCGACAGGAAGGUGUGGCUGCUGUUUGACUACGCAGAACAUGACCUUUGGCAUAUUAUUAAGUUUCACCGUGCAUCAAAAGCAAAUAAAAAGCCCAUGCAGUUACCAAGAUCUAUGGUUAAGUCGCUGCUUUACCAGAUUCUCGACGGUAUCCAUUACCUCCAUGCAAACUGGGUGCUUCACAGAGACCUGAAACCAGCAAAUAUCCUAGUAAUGGGAGAAGGUCCUGAGAGGGGGAGAGUCAAAAUAGCUGACAUGGGUUUUGCCAGAUUAUUCAAUUCUCCUCUAAAGCCACUCGCAGAUUUGGAUCCAGUGGUUGUGACGUUUUGGUAUCGGGCUCCAGAACUUCUCCUUGGUGCCAGGCAUUACACAAAGGCCAUCGACAUAUGGGCAAUAGGCUGCAUAUUCGCUGAAUUGUUGACUUCAGAGCCUAUUUUCCACUGUCGUCAGGAGGAUAUAAAAACAAGCAAUCCUUUCCAUCAUGACCAGCUAGAUCGGAUAUUUAGUGUCAUGGGGUUUCCUGCAGAUAAAGACUGGGAAGAUAUUAGAAAAAUGCCGGAGUACCCAACACUUCAGAAGGACUUUAGAAGAACAACGGUGUUCCUCCUGCUUCAGAAGCUCCUUACCAUGGAUCCAACGAAGAGGAUCACCUCAGAGCAGGCUCUGCAGGACCCUUACUUUCAGGAGGACCCCUUGCCCACAUUAGAUGUGUUUGCUGGUUGCCAGAUUCCAUACCCCAAAAGAGAAUUCCUUAAUGAAGAUGAACCGGAAGAGAAGGGCGACAAGAAUCAGGGACAGCAGCAGAAUCCGCAUCAGCAGCCCACGGCCCCCCCACAGCAGGCGACAGCCCCUCCCCAGGCUCCUCCACCACAGCAGAGCAGUGCCCAGACCAAUGGGACAGCAGGGGGAGCGGCGGCGGGCGGGGCUGGCGCUGGAGCAGGACUGCAGCACAGCCAGGACUCUGGCCUGACCCAGGUGCCUCCAAACAAGAAGCCCCGCAUUGGGCCUUCGGGUGCAAGCUCGGGCGGGCCAGUUAUGCCGGCAGAUUAUCAGCACUCCAGUUCUCGCCUGAAUUACCAAAGCAGCGUUCAGGGGUCUUCCCAGUCCCAGAGCACACUCGGCUACGCCUCAUCUCAACAGAGCACGCAGUACCACCCGUCUCACCAGGCCCACCGGUACUGACCACUGCCUCUGCUUGCCCAGGACAGCGUAGCACAGCCUCCAGCAGGGCGGGGUCUGCAUCGCAAAGAGCCCCAGAGUGAAGACUGUGAUGCCGCUGCCAUGCAGAGCUCACUAGAGAGGAAACCUUCGCCUACUGAGUGUUCUGAAGGACGACUAUCUCUUCUUGGUUGACUUAGGAAGAAGAUCUUGUGAAGUGUCCCCAGCCCUCUUCCCGCAUGAAUUUCUCUGGGACUUCCCUGGUGAAGCCUCUGAUCUGCCCCAGCACUUCUGCGUCCUUCAGCACUUUCUGAGGGAGUUCCUGGUGCACCUUUCUCACGCUGUAGCAAUCAUUAUAAUUUAUCUUUUCUUAGGACUUCAAUGUUUUAGGAACAGGGUUCCGCGGUGUAUAGUUUUAUACUUCAUGAACUGAUUGAACAACACGAGUCUCGCACCUUUUAAAGCACUACGCAGUCUUCACAGACUAACUGCUUUGCUCUUGGAAGUCUUAAAGAGAAACUGUUGCUGUCCCAAAGUACUUACUAUGAGGUUUUUAUUAUCUCUUUCAGGGAAGGUCUAGUAAAGGCAAGCGUGGGACAGAGGGUCCCCACAGCCAAACCAGUGUUGAUCUUUGCAGCUGCCGUGCUCAUGCUGGGAAGAGCUGAAGCAGUUGGUGGUUUUUAUAAUCACUCACGAGGAACUUAGUUCCCAGAAGUAUCAUAUUCUGAAUAAUAUUCAGUAAUUAAAAAUUAUAAUUUUAACCUUCAUGUAGCUAAGUCUACUCUAAGGGGGGUUCUAGAGCUUUGAUGGAACAUGGUCCUUUGGGACCCACCUGGGAAAUCUGAAAAGACUGUAAACUGCACAGGGCUUCACAGAGGAGUCGUGCUGAUCAAGGGACCUUUCUUCCCCUCAAAGGAGGCAUCGGCCUCUCCAGAGGAGCCUUGGUCCCUCCAGUCUCUCCACGUCUGGGUCAGCAUGAGUGACUUUCUUACAUAAUCAAGGAUACUCAGCUCGAAGCCUGUUCGCUCAUCCGCAGUGUUCUCCUUUUGUAUUUACAUUAGGCAUAGAGUGACUAUUUUUAAAGCAUGUUAAAAUUUUAGGUUUUAUCCAUGUUCAAAGUAUGUAUCAUGUAUGCAUAAUUUUGCUGUUGUUACUGAGACUUAACGCUGUCAAGAAUCUUUUUAUUGCACUGAAUGCUUUCUUUUGCCCCUAGGAGAAAAUUUAAUAAUUGUGCCUAAAAACUAUGGGCAGAUAGUGUAAAGUAGAUGAGGUGAAUAUUUGCAUUUCCAUGAUCUACGAAUUAGAGGGGAGUUCUUUUUUAGCUACUUCUAAGGAACCCCUCGCCCUCCAGAGUCAAGAGGAAAUGUAAAGGCUUAGAGCCCCCCUUGUAGUGCCGGGGGCAAGAACAUCUCUUUUCUGAUGCUACUAGCAGCACCAGCCUUGUUUUCAAUGUUUCUUGAGCUAGAAAAAUAGCCAGUUGUUGUAUAUGCAAACUAUAUGCAUUUUUAAAAACUAUUCUUGUGAACUUAUCUACCUGGUUAUGAUACUCUGGGGUCCAUAUUCAAGUAAAAUAAGAUUUUAGAAGCCAGUAUACAUUUUGCACUAUUGAUGUGAUACUGUAGCCAGCCAGGACCAUACUGAUUUCAGCAUAAUAAUGCUUCUGAAUAGUAAUAAAGGUUGAAUAGUGACCUGCGUACCAAGACUGACGAAGUCAUGGACGUGCUUCACGGGGAGGAAUUUCUGACUGGCUCCAUGAUUCUUAUCCCUUACAUUUUAGAGAAAAAGACUCAGCCUCCUGCAUAAUGUAGCUACCUAUAUAAAGUUCUGUCUGGUGCCCUAGAGCCUGUGUCCAGGGCCACUGCUCCUUCACAGGCUCAGUGCUCUGCCGGGUAGAAAAGCAGAGAGCAAAACACAUUCCUUGUUACAGCCAAUCCAGUGACACGUGGUUGACUUAGAAAUGUCUGUGAUAUGAAGGCCCUUUUGUUUACUCUGAACCCAAUCGGAUCCCUAUGCCUCUGCAUUUUAUAGUAAACAGUGUUAUCGGGAAGCAGGUAUGUGACUGACCUCUCGAAGAGAAAGCCAGUGAUUAACUGCCACAAAAGGCAUCUAUGCAUCUCUGAAAUGUUCACAGCAGCCUUCAGCAUCAACUGGGGACAUGUAUGGACAGAGUCCAUUCUACCAAGUGGUUGUAGGGAAUCACAAUAAACAUAGAAGUUCUUGCCCUCAAGUGAGCUCACGUUUAAUAAAAGACAUUAGCCCCGGUCUGUGUAUAGAACAAAAUACUAAGAGUUCUUUGUAUGCAAGCUGAAUACAUAAUUCUGGCAAUACGCACUUACACAUUCAUAGGACGGCCCUAGUAAAAGUGACACACACACCAGGACCUUCCAGAAAACUCCAUUAUAUACACAGCGGGGUUCCACAUCACCAACUGCUUCUGGCCCUUUGCUUUUCUUGCCUCAGGGGUAGACUCAUACCUGUGCCCAGUACUCUUAGAAGUAGUUUUUGUUCAUCAUUUCCUUUCUCUGUAAAGGAAGCAAAGCCUUUCAUAUACAUUAAGGCCAUAGUCCACGGGGUGGGACCUCCUGUGGGUCUUGUGAAUCUUCUUAAGGGUAGAAUUGACCUUGGUGAGCCUCAAGUGAUUGGAUUCCUCUUUGAACAUGUAUUGCAUACUAUUUUGUCCCCUAGGAACCCAGAGGCAUCCUCCGACUUACGGGAACCUCGAAGUCUAGGGAGAUGUUGAAAGAUUGAGUUGAAAGGUUUCUGUUUUUUUAUAUUAAAAGUCACUUUUAGAGGUAGCUUUUUGGAGGGGUGUUUGGGGUAAAGGAUUCAGGAGUUUGGGACAGGCUAGCUUAAAUAAAGUAAGGUAGCUUGGGGCAGGGCUGGUAUUACGAGGUUGAAGCAAUCCUUUUGAUGAAGUACCCAUGCAGUGAGAUGCAGAAAUGGAGGACGUGUUUAUUUUUAUACCUGUGCUUUUGAGACUUUAGGACUUAGAAUUCUGACGCCCUGCACUACUUCCCUCUAGCAAAACUAAGACCUUUAAGACAGGAACAGACGGCACCAGCAUGCAUUCAAGUCCACUGCCUCGUGCCUGAUGCAGCAACUUGGCCAGUUCUCUGUGCCUCUGAAAUGAUGCUCUUUUCAUCGCUAGAGGGAAAAGGAAUUGGAGAAUAAAGUUUGCAGCCUGCUUUGCUUUUGUUAAUGGGUAGCCACAGCUACAUGCUGAGGAAAACUAGCAGGGAAGCUGCGACUUCAGCUCGGUGCUGCUCCCCAGGAGAUGGAGAAAGGCAGUGGAUAGCCAUUGGGUUUAACGGAGGUUUGAAGGAGUCAAGUACAAGUAAUAAUUUUCUACAAAAUGUAGCAGUUUAGGUCCCCAUAAUCAUCGAGAAUAGUCAUGCAUAUCAUAACCCCAAAGGUCAGUGUUUGAGGACUUGAAAAAGUGCGCUGUACCCGAGGAGGUGCUUGUUCCUCUGAGCUGUUGCCGGUAGGGAGUGAUGCGGAUGUGUUAUACGGGAAAUACCUAAUGCACUGUUAUCACCUAUAGUGAGUAAAUUAAGACUAUUUAAUUUUUUUAAAGCUUUGUCUGGGUAGACACUAAAAGCAUUAUACAAAGCCAGGACUAAGGUGUCCUUUUUAAUAACAGCUGAAAGUACUUUUUAUAUAUGUUAUACAGUAUGUCCUUUCUAAACUAGUUUGUAUUUCUGAUAAUUCCUAUUUGUGAAAUGUAUCUGUCUAUCUUUUUCGGUCAUUUUCUGCACGCACCCCCUCUGUAUGAUCGUAGGUAUUGCCCUGGCUCUCCUUGCUCUGCUGUGAUGUGUCUACUCCAGGCCGGCUGCCCUCUGUAGCCCAUUCUGGGGAUGCAGGGUGUGCUGCCUCUUCAGAACUGAGGGCUUCUGCUCUGGAGUUAUCCAGCCAUUCUUCUCAAAGUGACAGUUUCAGCUACGAUAAGUUACAUGGAUUUUAUAUUCUUGGUUGAAAUAAAAUUUAAUUGACUUUG